GGAAGAAGAUGAACCGGUUGAAAAAACUGGUAAAUACGCACGGUGGGAGGAAGAAAACAGCAUUAUUAGUGCUUGGCUUAUGAAUAGCACUCAACCCCACAUAGCAGCAGGACUUUGUUAUUAUAAUACAGCCAAAGAUAUGUGGAAUUCUCUUCGGCAGACGUAUUCUCAAGAUAAAAAUAUCAGCAAAAUUUUACAGGUUCAGCAAAAAUUGCUACAAAUGCAGCAAGGUGACAUGGAUUUGACAGAAUAUUUUACAAAGUUGAAGUUUGCUUAUGAAAAGAUGAAUUCCUUAAAACCACCCUGUAAGCAUUGUCUCAAAUCUCACAUGGAGCAAAUGAUUGUGGUUAAAUUUCUUGCUGGACUAUCUUCUGAUUAUUCUCCAUCCAAGGUUCAAAUGCUUACAGGCUCUGAUUUUCUCGAUCUUGAUGAGGCCUUCAAUAGACUAAACAGAUUGGCUAUUACUCUUCCUCCUUCCCCAAACAACUCACAGCCAUCUGCCCUUGCCUCAUUUGGGGGAGGAAGAGGUGGUCUAUAUUCUUCCCGUGGUAGAGGAAGAGGCCGAGGCCCUGGAGGACGUGGAAGACUUCAGUGCACAUAUUGUGGUCGUCUUGGUCACCUAGAGGAUAGGUGCUGGAAUAAAGUGGGUAAACCUAACUCAUCCACUUCUUCGUCUGUGACAUCUUCAUCCAGCUCUACUCCAAAUACACAUCCUAUCAGUAUGGCUCCUAAGGCGAAUCCCACUGCUGCUUCUGUAGAUGCUACAUCUCUUAAUUUAAGUCCAGCUGAAAUUGACUUAAUUAUGGAGCAUAGGUCUAAUGCUACUCCUUCUACCUCAUCGGCAUCUACAGUUGUCACAAGUUCAGCGUACUCUGCAGGAUCUAUCGACUGGGAGGAAGAUUGGUGGAGGCCAUGAGAUAGAUGGAAUAUACAUCUUGGAUACAUCCCCUAAGGAGGCGUCAUUCCAUGUUGAUUCUACUUCAAGUGCCUUCCAGUGGCAUCUCAGAUUGGGUCAUCCUUCAUUCCCUAAACUUCGGCUGCUGUGUCCUCAAAUCUCUUCCACAACGUCUAUCGAGUGUGAAGCUUGUCAACUGGGCAAGCAUUGUCGUACUUCCUUUCCAUCGAGUCAAAGUCAGUCUAGUCAAUGUCUAUUUGAUUUAGUCCAUGUUGAUGUUUGGGGGCCUAGUCGGGUUCCAAGUCGGUUGUCGUCUCGUUAUUAUCUUUCUAUUGUUGAUGAUUUCUCUCGUGUCACUUGGGUGUUUUUGAUGAAAGACAGAACUGAAGCUUCUUGUAUCUUGAAAUCUUUCAUAUUGGAAAUAAAAACUCAAUUUAAUUCUUGUGUCAAGGUUGUUCGCACUGACAAUGCUCUCGAGUUCAAAUCCUCUCAUU